AUGAUGCGCCCAACUUCGACCCGGCUCUUCCAAACCGUCCGCGCCGUUCAACAUGAGAACCCCCUGGGCCUCCCUCGUUCAGGGACGCCUCCCAGCUGGCCUCGACGUCCCCAGAGGCGGAAGAUCACAGGCGUCGAGAAGAUUAUUGCCGUGUCAUCAGCCAAAGGAGGUGUAGGGAAAAGCACAGUUGCAGCCAAUUUAUCACUUGCCUUUGCUCGGCUUGGCUAUCGUACGGGUACCCUGGAUACUGACAUUUUUGGCCCAUCCAUCCCCACCCUUUUCGAUCUCUCAGGGGAGCCAAGAUUAUCAACCAAUAACCAGUUAAUUCCAUUGACAAACUAUGGGGUCAAGACUAUGUCGAUGGGUUAUCUAGUCGGCGAGAAUGCUCCCGUCGUUUGGCGAGGUCCCAUGGUCAUGAAGGCAAUCCAGCAACUACUCCACGAAGUCGAAUGGGGUGGUCUUGACAUCUUAGUAUUAGACUUGCCUCCGGGCACUGGUGACACGCAGUUGACCAUUACACAACAGAUCAUCCUAGAUGGCGCAGUUAUUGUCACCACACCUCACACGCUCGCGACUAAGGAUGCAGUUAAGGGCAUAAACAUGUUCAAGGCUGUCAACGUUAAUAUCUUGGGACUAGUGCAAAACAUGUCUCUCUUCCAAUGCCCUCAUUGCCAGGGCGAGACACACGUGUUUGGCUCCAAUGAGAGAGUAGAGAAGAUGUGCAGAGAGCAUGAGAUUGAUUUCCUUGGCGACAUCCCUCUACAUCCCAAUAUUGGGGAUGACGCUGAGAAGGGGAAGCCGACCGUGGUGGCUGAGCCAACCAGUGAAAGAGCAUCUGCCUUUCUGAAGAUUGCCCAAGACAUCUGUCCCAAGAUUGACUUGAGCAGCAACUAA